AGACCAGAUCUGAAACUCAAAAGUGUAAACAAAGUUUUAAGACAAAAUAAAUUAAUAAAUUGUGCAUCGUUGCAGCUGUCCGGCGAACUACAGAGAUUAGUGAUAGUGCAAUAUAAUAAAAUAAAUUCUAAAUAAAGUUCGGUAGACUUUCCCAUUUAUGUUGUUAAGUGAAACUCAAACCUUGAAGCUAGUAUUGAACGGAUGGAUGGAAAACUAAUUGCCAAAGUUCGUGCGAGACCACUACUCUGGCAUGCUGCAAAGGGUAUUAAAGGAACAACGUUCGCGCGUCACGCAGCCCUUUGGGAUGAGGUGGCAGCCGAGUUGCGUGUACAAAAAGAGGACGCGAGAAGAAGAUGGAGGACAUUGCGAGACACUUUCACGAGACAUUACAAAACCGGCACUGAUUGGGAGCAUCGUCAGUCGAUGAUGUUUCUGGUGCUCGAAAAGCCCAAUAUUAAACCACUACGUAAACGCCGUAGUGAAGUAAAGAGCAAAAACAACCCAAAGCUAGAACUGAUUCCAUCAGUGCAGAAUGAUGCUCCCGUUGAAGCUCUCAAGGAUGGCGAACGGAGUGUCCCUGUUUCAUCGGGUGAUGAUGAUGAUUACGUGGUGAAACCGAAAAUAAAGAUCAACUUUAUUCCCGCUGAGCCAGCGCCGGCUGUGGCACAUGCCGAAAUUGGGAUUACACAGGGUGGUGAUCAGUCAGUCGAGAAGAGCCAAGAAUCUGAACCGUAAUCGGAUUAAAAUCAGAGUUAAGAGUUUACGAUGUUGAUCGAAAUGGAUAAUAAAAUUAAGCAGUUAAAGCUUUACUAUGAAAUGUUAAAGGGUCGUUACUCUGACUCGUCUUGUAUCAAUUCGAGCCUGAUCCAAAUCCAAAGCUUUGAACCACGAAGGGCGAUAUUAGACUUCACUAUUUAUUGUGUUCUGAUGACUCAAUUAUUCCCUAUUAUUGUAUUGAUAUUCUAUAUUUUCUAACGUCCUUAGAGUCCUAGUUAAAAUCUCCAAUUGAUUAGAUUCCUCAAUCAGCAGUAUUUGCAAAGAAAAAAUAAUUAAAUAAAAACCCUGAAAUUCGAAAAAAGCUUCGUUACAUUGGAAGAUAGUGUAAGUCAAGUUUGAAAAUAUUUAAAAAUAAAGCCAUAGAUCCUCUCAUA